AUGUCGACCGAGACCAAGGGAAGUCGAGGUCGGGGCUCCUCGGCUGAGUUUGGCCGAAGUCGUCAAGCACUGAAAGUACCCCCGUAUUUUGUCUGCUCGAGGGCGGUCCCCGCUUUGGAAAAUGAACCCACCAGUCUUUCCAACCUUUCGCGCUCGGCCAUAGUAGUAGUUACGAUGGCCUCUUCAACGAAUCUUAAGCCCAACGGGCCUGUCCCGAACGGUCGUCAGACCUCCGAUGCCCCUACCGAGCUGCCCCGACCUUACAAGUGCACGAUGUGCGACAAGGCCUUCCAUCGGUUAGAGCAUCAGACUAGGCACAUCCGAACCCACACUGGCGAGAAGCCCCAUGCCUGCCAGUUCCCCGGAUGCAGCAAGAAAUUCUCCCGCUCCGAUGAGUUGACUCGUCACUCGAGAAUACACAACAAUGCCAACUCGAAGCGAGGUAACCGGGCCCACCAGCAACUCCAGGCCGACAGCAUGCUUCCUCCCCCUCCGCCUGCUCCCAGAGCUAUCCGCUCCGCUCCCACUUCGACAUUGGCCUCGCCAAACGUGUCUCCCCCUCAGUCGUACUCGUCUUACUCCGUUCCCGCCUCUCACGCUUAUCCCGGCGAUGUCGCCUUGUUCGCCAGAGACACGCUUGCUCCUCACAUGUACCGAACUCAGCACUACCCCAGCCGGGGCUUGCCUACAUACCCCAAUGCCCACCCUACCAGGACGUUUGGCGACUACGACCCGUUCGACAGCCACUACAGAAACCCGCGUCAGGCGAAGAGGUCUCGACCCAACUCUCCUAUGUCGACCGCGCCUUCCUCGCCAACCUUCUCCCACGACUCGUUGUCGCCUACUCCUGACCACACUCCCAUCGCGACCCCGGCUCACUCCCCUAGGCUACGGCCCUACAUCAAUGCCGCUCUGGACCUGCCUCCCAUCACAACCCUGCGAAACCUUUCUCUCCACCCUCAGCAGAAGGCACCAAUCCUCCCUCCCAUGGAGCCCCAGGUAGAAGCCCCAGCUCAACCAGUGGUGCCCGCGCUGAAGGGUACCAGGAGUGCUGGCAUCUCCCUAGCGGACAUUAUCAACAGACCGGAUUUCCCUAGACAAUUGCCAAUGCCUUGA